GGCACCGGCACCUAUAGAGAGAGAUCACCACUUCACCAGUAGCCAGGCAGCUUCCAUGCCACUCCACGGUGCCGCCUCCCAAACUCACCAACGGGCCGGCGCACGCAAAUAACUAGCCGAGCGGCAACACGGCGGUGCCGCCCGUGCCUUGCGCGCCAGCCAUGGGCACCGCAGCGCGGCGCGAGCCGCUGAAGCAGCGCGUCAACCGCUGCCUCCUCAAGCUCGCCGACCGCGACACCGAGGCCAUGGCGGCCGCCGAGCUCGAGGCCAUCGCGCGCUCGCUGGGCCCGGACGAGCUCCCGGCCUUCGUCUCGGCGGUCUCGGACGCGCGCCCCACCGACAAGACCCCGCUCCGCCGCCACGCGCUCCGCGCCCUGGCGCUCGUCGCGGCGUCCCACCCGCGCGAUGCCGUGGCCCCGCUCGUCCCGCGCAUCCUCGCCGCCGCGCUCCGCCGCGUGCGCGACCAGGACUCCUCCGUCCGCGCCGCGCUCGUCGACACCGCGCGCGCCGCCGCCGCGGCCUCGGUCUCCGCGUCCGCCGCGCUACGGCCCCUAACGGACGCGCUCCUCCACGAGCAGGACCAGUGCGCGCAGCUGGCGGCCGCGCUCGCCACGGCCGCCGCCGUCGAGGCGUCCGCCCUCACCGCCGACCUCGUUUCCUACCUCCACAAGCUCCAACCGCGCCUCCUCAAGUUGCUCCGCAGCAAUGCCUUCAAGGCCAAGCCCGCGCUCAUCACCCUCAUCGGCGCCUCCGCGGUUAUGGGCGGCGAUGCCGAAGUCACCGCCUCCAUUCCGUGCCUCCGCGAUGCAAUCGGUAGUGACGACUGGGCCGCGAGGAAGGCCGCGGCGGAGGCACUUGCCGCAUUGGCCUUAGAACACACGGAUCUUCUCACGACCUACAAAUCCUCUUGCGUUACCUUCUUCGAGGCCAGAAAGUUUGACAAGGUCAAGAUUGUGCGGGAAUCGAUGAACCAGAUGAUCGAGGCGUGGAAGGAGAUCCCGGAUGCUGAAGAGGACGAGUGCUCCUCGGCCGCGCCACCAGCGUCGCAGUCACAACGAAGAUCUUCUCUUACAGGGAGUGUAAGUGAUGGGCGAUAUCCAGCUGCUUCACUGGGCUCAAACUCAGUUCCAUCAGCAACAAGGAGGAGCAGAUUGCCUGUGAACAGAUCGUCUCCGUCUGAUGUGUCACCCAGCGCCACCAAAACCAAUAGUCCUUCAUCAAUCAGGAACAAGAAGCUGUCACCGCCUUCAUACCACAAAGGGCGCCAAGCAAAGAAUUGUGACUACAAAGUUGAGAUUGCUGUUGCUCCGGAUGCUACCCCUAUCAAAAUGGUGACAGAAGAGAAGCUUCUCAAAGGAGGCAAUGUGAGAGACAGACUGGAUGCAAGGAGGACACUCUUCCAAGGCAGCGAGGAUAAGUCGGCCAAGCUGGCUGGACUUAAAACAGGAUCACGAGUUGUUCCAUACGAGGGCGGUGGUGAUUUGGAAGAGAUUUCAGAAGUUGAGGGUGGAUCAGAAAGGUUUGCAGUUCACAAAGAUGAGAGCUUGUCAGAAAUAAGGACACAGCUGCUUCAGAUUGAAAAUCAGCAAAGCAGUUUACUAGAUCUUCUCCAGAAAUUUAUGGGGAAGUCUGAGAAGGGCAUGAAUUCUUUGGAGACAAGGGUGCAUGGGCUGGAGAUGGCUUUGGAUGAGAUCUCUCGUGAUUUGGCCUUCUCUUCAGGCAGGAUGUCAAACAGGGAGUCUGAUGUGAAGACGUGUUGCAUUCUGAGCCCAAAAUUCUGGAGAAGGCAUGGUGGUGGUAGGUCUUCCUCCAGGUUUUCUGCCUCUGACCCAGCAAACAGCUCAGAGGGGAGCAGAACUUCUUACAAAUGGGAGAGGCAGAAGUUCGGGCUUCCGGGUGGAUUUGUCACCAACCCAUUAGCUGAGCCAAACAUUUCAUCUGUUGGGAAAACAAUGGUUACUCAAGAAGGCCGGAGGAAGGAUACAACUUUACAAAAGUGAAGGGUGGGUGGGUUAGGCAUGAUGAAGACAUUCUGUUUGAAGUGUGAACUGCUGGAGCUGCUUAUGGUCAUGGAGGCGGCUGUAGUUCCCUUUUCCACUGCAACCUUUUUUUGAUGGAAUUUGCACUGUAAUUUCCGGAAGCCUUUCCUCCAUCAGAGCUGAAAGAAUGGUGUUGUACACGUGAAUGAUGGAGUUCUAUGGGAGCCACUCCAAAGCUUAAACUCUAAAGUACUAUGCUAAACCAUAAAGCUGGACUCCUUGAGGUGGGUCAUCCAUCAGUGAGGGCGUGAGGCUUCUUGAUCAUCUAGCCUUUGCUUGGGUCUGAAGCAACGGCGCCCUGGAGUACCCUCAGGUUGGCAUGCGAACAACCGCUGCUGUGUUUUGUCCCAUCGUAGUACUUGAGAAACAGCUAGCUUUGUAGUAGAAUGUAAUCACAAUGUACUAUCGAUCUAUCAUCCUACGGAUGGACGUGUCUUGUACAUACAGUAGGUCGUAUAAAGCGCUUGUAUGCUAGUGCUGGCGACUAGCGAGCUUGUUUACCA